CUGAAGUGGCCUUUAUUACGUUCUGAUAGUGCUUAAAACAGUAAAACUAAAUAAGUGCCUUCAGUUUCUAUGAAUCUACAGAAUACUGAUUGUAAUUCCGUACUCCCUCUUCUAUAUCCUAUACACCCAAAUUUAAGUAUUCAGCGAAUAUGGUCAUCUGUGAAAGUGGAAAUGAUAAAUUGGAUGCCGCGGUUAAUGGAUGGCUUAAACGAGAUAAGAAUCCAGCGACAUAUCAAGAAGUAAUAGAUGACAUUAGCAACUCAAGAUGGGGCAGGCUCAGCAAGACGAUGUUGGAUCGGCAGACGUUUGGCACGGCGGGGCUGCGGGGUCGCAUGGGCGCUGGUUACACGUGUAUGAAUGACGUUGUUGUAUUGCAAACAGCACAGGGUAUUUGCUCAUAUGUUCUGAAAGUAUGUAAUAAAAGUCAAAUCCAAAAUGGCAUUGUCGUGGGAUACGAUGGACGACAUAAUAGUCGCAGGUUUGCGGAAUUGACGGCGAAGGUGUUCGUGUCUGCAUCGAUACCUGUCCAUCUCUUCUCGGAGGUGUGCCCGACGCCACUGGUCUCAUUUGGCACAAUAAUGUACGGGGCUGCUGUGGGCAUCAUGGUAACAGCAUCCCAUAACCCUAAGGGUGACAAUGGGUACAAGGUGUAUUGGAGUAACGGCUCUCAAAUCAUUGAUCCACAUGACCAAAAUAUACUCGAAGAAAUAUGGAGUUGCUUAGAUAUACCCGACGUGCAUUGGGACAUCGAUGGGAUAACGAAUCACGGACUCGUUAAAGAUUGCUUAGAGGAAGUGACCAACAAUUACAUGGAGUAUAUAAGGUCCAGCUUUAACGCAGAACUGCUCGAGCAAAACAAAACGGCGAAGAUACGGACAGUAUACAGCGCAAUGCACGGCGUCGGUUACAAUUUUAUUGUAAAGGCAUUUGAAGCUGCCAAUUUGGAGCCACCGUUGAGCGUAAGCUCUCAGCAAGAUCCGAAUCCAGAUUUCCCGACAGUUAGGUUUCCAAAUCCUGAAGAGAAAGAAUGUUUGGAACUAAGUCAGACGUUGGCUGAUGAUAAUGGAAUUAAACUGAUCCUCGUCAACGAUCCGGACGCCGACCGGUUGGCCGUCGCUGAAUUCGACGAUGAGUCAAAUUCCUGGAAAGUAUUCUCGGGCAAUGAAAUGGGAUCUCUUCUGGGAUGGUGGCUCCUAAAGCAACACUGCGCCAACAGCUCCGUAGUGGGGGAGGACGAAGUGUUCAUGUUAGCGAGCUACGUGAGCUCAAAAAUGCUUCGAGCUAUCGGAAAUGGGAAGGCGCAGUUGGUAGAGACUCUUACUGGAUUUAAAUGGAUGGGCAACGCAACACUUCUCCUGCUGCAACAAGGCAAAAUACCAUUAUUUGCUUUCGAAGAAGCGAUCGGCUACAUGUGCAGCCACAGAGUCCCUGACAAGGAUGGCGUUUCCGCAGCUGUGCAUGUGGCGACUCUCGCGUCGUAUCUAUAUUCCAAGCGAUCUUCUCUGCUAAGUCAGCUGCAGGAUCUGUACGAUGAAUUUGGCUACCACAUUUCCUACAAUUCUUACUUCUCAUUCGAAGACCCGUCUGAUAUUCAGAGGAUAUUUAGCAGAAUCAGAAAUUUUCACGGUCCAGGGCAGUAUCCGAAGAAGGUGGGAUCGGUUGAUAUAAUAUCCAUUAAAGAUUUUGCUGCGGGCGUUCAAAUACCGGAGGACGGUAAUGGCGGCAGACAUCUUAGCAUGGUGGGCACGGGGCUGGACGGCGACUACCGCAGCGGCGAGAUGGUGGCGCUGCAGUGCGCGGGCGGGCUGCGCGUGGUGGUGCGCACGAGCGGCACGGAGCCCAAGGUCAAGUACUACUCCGAGCUCGUGCGCCGCGACGCGCUGCGCAGGAAUCACGAGGACAUAAAAAAUGAAUAUGAGAAUAUGAUCAAAGCUUUUAUCCAGGAAUUAAUUCAACCCACUAUAACUGGACUUUUAUGGAUAUAAUAGUUGAUAUUGUAACCGAAAUUAAAUGUUACUUCCGCGCGAUUUCUGACAUAUAUAUAUUGACGUAAAGUUCGAAAAGAAAUCAAAUUUAAAUUUUUAUACAUUAUUUUUUAAUUCUACCAAAGGUUUAGUUAAGUUCUGUGAUAAAUACGUUCCCACAUAAUUUGUUAAACAAAAUGUGAUAAUUUUAUUAUUUACAAAAUGUCGUUUUAAAUGACAUAUUAAUUUAUUAAUGUACAAUUUUAAGAUUCGACAGACUUUAAAUAUGACUAAACUUUAUUAUAAAUGUGGUACUUAUAAGCUCCAAUAAAACAAAAUAAAAAAAAUAUAUAGUUUAUUU